AUGUGGGUUCUCUGGGCCUUGGCCAUCAUGUUGAGCAUCCACGCAGGAACACUUGACCUGGUGGAAGCACCCCCAGGGCUGAAUACUCUCCCUGCCAUUGUGCCCAAUGUGAGCACCCUCCCUCUUAACCUGCCAACACCACCACGCCUCAGAGAUCCCCCCAACAAGCAAGGCUCAGCUCCCAAAAUUAAUCCAGCUCUCUCCAAAGGCGGCAAGUGUGCACCUGCAGCCAGAUACUUCCUCUCCAGUGGCAAACUCCAAGACUAUCUCAUGGACGCUCUGCCCCCACAGAUCGAGGGCAUUGUCAAGUGUGAUGACGUUAACAUAGCAGGUAUACUUGGGAGACUGCUAGCCACGGUGGACAAUGCUGACCUGCUCUCACUCUUAGAUCCCACCUCCCUCCUACAAGGGGCAGGCGGUCUCGGCCUAGAUGGUAUCCUAGGCAAAGCAGGGAAUGAGGAUCCCUCAAAGCCCUCUUCAGGGUCCAAGGCUGCUGGAGGCCUCAGCCAGCUACUCCCAGGGGGCGGUGGUGGCCUGGGCAGCUUACUAAACCUCGGUGGAGACAAGGGCCCUGGGAAAGGACUUCUGAAUGGAGACGUGCUCUCCGGUAUCAAGAAGCCUUUGGAUGACAUGAUUGGAAACGUAGACAACCUGAAAGACUCUGUAGAGGCCAAGGUGAAUGAAAUACUCCCAGAAAGCGUCAAAGACCCACUUUCAGAUCUGCUCAAGGUCAAGGUCCAAGACCUUCUGCUCGACUUAAAGGUUGAUGACGUAACUGUGGACAGCAUGGACAUAACCAUGGCAGCAGAUGAGAUCCAAGUCCACUCGGCAGUCACUGCCAACAUAGGUGGAAAAGGCGUACUUGGACCUGUCAUCAGCUUACUGCAGUUUCAAUCGGCAAUGGAAGUGACGACGAAAGCUGCUAUUUCCUCCAACAACACCCAGUGCGUCAACCUUGACAUUAAGGACACCCAUUUCCAGGUCAACGAAGUCAACAUUCAGUUAAUAGAGACAGUCACAGGAACUGUGCCUCUCCCUGUGCCUCUGCCCUUGAACGAUAUCGUCCCAGUACUGCUGACAGCAGAAAUGAAUGAGAAUCUGGAGAAUUCCAACUCCUGUGCCGUCGUUCUCACGAACUUUAAUGAGUGCAAGAACGCUACCGGCUUAUUCAAGUACAAGACUCAAAGUGCCAGGAUAUCUCCCAAAGGACUUUCCAUCUUCUACUGUGUUGAAGCCAACAUUGGCAAAAGAACAGUGCCUGUGCCUGGAAGUCGAAUGCCUCCAGAUCCCAGAAACGCCACCAUUUCUGUAACCAUGUCCACCUCAAUGCUGAAGACACUUCUAGUUUAUGUGGCCAAGCAGAGCUCUGUCAAGAUGAAUGACCUGGAAGCCAACAUCACCAAAAUAGCCUACACCUUCCAGAAAGACAAACUCCUCAGAGUCUUUUAUGAGGUGAAAAUAACAAAGGAUGGCGAGGACUUUGCCACUGGGAAAACGCAAUUAAUCGUCAGCCAUAACAGCAAGAUUUCAAAAACCAAACUGGUACCAGACAUCAAACUCACAAGGUCUGAUCACAGAGUGGAGCCCCCUGAGGCUAAGGAACAGGUGGAAGCCAUUUUGUCUGAAGUCAUGAAGAAGUCCUGGUCUGUCUUCAAUGAACUGUAUAAACAAAUGAAUGUUCCAGAAGGAGUGUCUUCAUUUGCCUUAUCGAAUGCCGAUGUCAAACCGCUGAAAUCGAGUGACCUUCAGGCAGCAAACUGA